UGUCGGGAACACGCAAAAGUCGCACAAUAUUUGCAUCUCUGGGAUUUCUCUUCUACAUCUCUCGGUUUAUGGGGAUUAUGCCCUACUCGGUGGGUCAUUUCUUUCGGGAGAAAAAAUUGAAACCGUCGAUUGUGGCGAAUAUUUGGUGCUGUGUUAUCUUACUCAAUCACACCCUCUUGUACCAUUAUGCUACAUGGAGCUCAUCCCUGGACAUGGGUGGAUCGCAAAAUAAUACACUGACCAUCGUGAUUGGGGUUUUUAUUAUAUACAUGGAACCAGCACUUAUGGUAGCGGAUAUUGUGUCAAUGAUGGUCAAUCAGAGGGAUUUGGUUCAAUGCAUGGAACGUAUGCAGAUAGUGGAUGAUAAGCUGAGGAAGGAGAAUAUUCCUCUUGGAUACGGAAGAGUUUCUUUGGUGAUCAAUGUGGUUUUGAUUGUAGCUCUAGCCUGUGAAGUGAUCCUUAUCUCAUUUAACUAUUUCCUCUUUGAACUCUCUGAGGAAGCCAUUGUGUCAUCUCUGACCUGGUUUCUCACUGCUCUGCCCCUGAUGACCAACAGUGUGGCUAGAGUGUGGUACAUUGCACUAGUAUGCAUGGUCAGACAACAAUUCCUGGCCAUCAAUGAGUAUUUUAUGCGCACCCAGGAGGUUUUCCUUGAGAUUAAGCUGAAUAUGCAGAAGACAGCUCGAAGUGCUGAAAAAACUGCACGUGGUGUGGAAGUUGUGGGGUAUCUGGAUAGAGAGAUCUUGGCAAAGGGGCGUAUUACCCCAGAAAAAAUCCCCCAAGCACCUUUCCCACAGCCUCCGAUACAAGUUCAUCCCGCUCCUCAACCCACUACCAUUCGAGAUACUCUCUUAGCCUUCACCAUGAAUGAGAAGAACUUCUCCGUGGGUGAUAAGAUGGACAAAAAGCUUAUUCUAAUCUGCCGCCUACACGAUGAGGUAUGCGAAAUUGGAAAAUUGGUGAACAAAAUGUUUGGUUUCCAGAUGUUAAUCACCAUGGCGUAUGGCUUCAUGAGCAUUACUGCUCAAUUCUACUUCUUGUACUGUGGCCUCGUUGGUCAGAAAAUUCCCAUCCUCUUCCGGAAUGCUGAAAGCUUGUGGAUUUCCUGCAUCUUCAUCGCUCUCACUGCUUGCAAGUGCAUCAGUGUUAUUUACGUGAGCUGGAAGACCAAGACAGAUGCCCAGAAAAGUGGAGUACAUCUGCAUAAGAUUGCAAAUGUAGUGGAUGAAAAUCAUUUCUAUCACAUCGUCAACCAUUUGUCCCUGAAGCUACUCAAUCACCAUCUCAACUUCACAGCCUGUGGAUUUUUUGAUCUGGAUAUGACCACUGUUUAUGCAAUUACAGGAGCUAUCACAUCCUACCUUAUCAUUCUCAUCCAAUUUAAUCUUGCCGCGCAAAAGACUCGCAGCAUGGCCAGCAAUAAUACUAUCACCAACAAUACUUCGUUAUUAAACAUAACUGGCGAAUUUUAA